AUGGACUAUUCUCUUAACAUGCUGUCUCUUGACUUGAUGCAAUUUUCCUUUCUUAACAUAGGCAAUUCUGUCCAUUUAACGUCAUCUAACGGUGCAUCCAAUGCUGGAGACCAAAUAACCAAGGUAGCUAUAAACUUCAUUGUAUUCGUUCUGUUCAAAUCAUAUUCGUUCUGUUUGGUUACAUUUACAAAAUAAUUACAAAAUAUUACAAAAUAUAUUAUGCCUUGCAUCAACUCAGCACCUCGCUAAGACAGACACCUCUUUGACAACGCGGAAUUUUUUCUGUCCGACGAAAACAUGUCCCCUAGACUAAAGCUUAUUUUCCACUAGGCGAAUUUGUUCGCGGGAGGCGAAAAACCGGCAAUGUGACUGGUCAGCGAAAAAAUUCGCUGCGAAAAAGUUGGACCAGUUCCUUCUCUUUUACUGUUUGCGAGAACAAAUUCGCCUAGUGGAAAAUGGGCUUAAGUCUUAAUGUAAAAGUUACUUUUUUCUUGCUGCAAAUCUGACAAGGACUGUGAAACAUAACGUCCUUCUUUUUUAGACUUUAAAGGAGAUGAAAGAACGUUGUGAAUUUUUUCAGAAAGAAAUGGAACGUUUCUCUAAGAAAAGACUAAAAUUAGAUAGUGAAAAAAAGGAAAGCAAGGCAGUUGUAAGUGUUGUUGGCCCGAUGACAAACUUCUUGAUUGGUAUCGGAGGUGGGCUAGCUAUUGCCAUUUCAGUCGCGACGCUUGAAAUUGUAACAGCAUUCGCUGGAGCUGCUGUGGCUGCAUUAACUCUUACAGUGAAAAUCAAGGAUAAUCAUAGCAAUACGAAAACUGUCAACAACGUAACAGAACAGUGUAAAGUUGAUCCAGUUUCGGCGAUUUUAGCCAUACUCAAAGAAGUUGGCAUAGAGUUGAGCCGCAUCUUUGAGGAGCAGUUAUUCAAACUACAUAAUAACAAAGAUGUAACGGAGAUGGCAUGCUGUGCUGUGAAUUUAAUGUUUAAAUUUGAAGAUGGUGAUAGAUUCGACAGAAAUGCGUUGUUAAGAAAUGUUUUUCUUGGAAAGGCUAAAACUAACACGAAACUGAAAACAAAGAGGCAUAACAAGAGGUGGCGAGUUCAAGAUGUUUUCCAAAAGCCUGGUCUGCGCAAAGAAAUAGUACCAAAAUCAGUUUCAUCUUCAUCUUUUGUUGAAUUCGAAUAUUUGAGCAAAGCUAAUGACACCUGCGACCCCCAGAUGUAUGGAUAUCGAGGCGAAAUCUUAGAAAUGAUUUGUAAGACAACGAACGAGUCAGAUGCACGAAAUAUCGUCUGUACAGAACCCAACGGCGGUGGUACGACAAGCUCAUGUUGUCCAGUUGAUGCAGAUGGGGCUAGGGGAGAAGUUACCUACUUUGCCGAAUGCGACAUUGACAAGGAGUACACCGAAACGUGUGCAGAGGCAAUUUAUUAUCAACCAUUCCACUGCUUAAUUCGAUGUCCAAGUAUUUUGGAGAAUUUUGCAUCCAAAGGAGGCAAUCCCAGUUGGCCAUCUUUGAGAAACUUUGUAAGCAAAAUGUACCAUCCACGAGUCAGACCUGUGAGACCAGUUUACCGACCUCAUUCUCCACGAAUAUUGCAUUCUUUGAGCAAUACUGACCUCAGCGGCUCGGAGUUUUCUCGCGUCAACUUCAGCAGUUCCAGCCUUGAAAAUUGUGAUCUAACUGGCUGCACAAUACUGUUUGGAGAGCUUAAAGGAGCCAGUCUUUGUCGCUCGCAGUUCAAGGAAACGUACCUUUCCCAUUGCAACUUGACAGGCGUGAAUGCUUAA